AUGAAUCCUGAAAAGGAAAAUCCGCUGCCGAAACCCACGAGGGCAAAGCGCUCGAUCGCCUGCAAUUUCUGCAGGAUGAAAAAGGUUCGCUGCAAUGGCGGCAUCCCCUGCAGCAACUGCUUGGAUCAUGGAGAAGUAUGCGUUUCAGCCUCAAGAAGGCGUGCUCGUCUCAACAACAAGGAUGCGGCGAACAGAGACAUGGCACAGCGCUUGGCGCGAGUCGAAGCAUUACUUCAGGCCGCUGAAUCCGAGCGUGCCAACUCUCCCCAGAUGCCCGAGUUUCUGCGCCCGCUCGACGUCGCAUUCCAAAGAACUACCAAUGUAGUCGAGGAUGCCGAUCUUGCUCCUAGAGAAUCGUCUACAGCGUCCCCUCACAGUCAAUUUUUGGCGCAGACUUUCAAUAAGGCAGGGAGGGAGGAGAGCCUGUCCGUACCCAAUCUGACCUCUCCGACCAACGUUGGUGAGCGACUGGUCCCGAAUAUCGAAUGCGGAAACACUUGUACUGUCCAGCCAUCUGCGUCCCACCGUGAAACAUCAAUCCCUGAUAUGGACUUCACUCAGGACAGCACUAUGGCGCUACGUCCAAUGAACGUAUCAGAGGCUCCAGAGGCUUUGAUUCCAGAUCAGAUUGGUGUCCUUCAGCCAGAUAUACCUCCACCAGACUAUCAAACCAAUCCAAUGGUCUCGUCAAACAGCAGUCCAAGCGAGAAACAGGAAGUUAAUAGCGUCUAUUCUUGCGAGAGCUCAAACUGGGAGUAUCAUGGACCGAGAUCAUUUCUCUCGAUCUGUUCGAAACCUGGUAUCCAGUGGGUUUCUCAGAAGAUUGGAACUUCCACUUUCCAUGAUGCGGCUGGUACUUUGACACGAGACGUCACUCGCCGACUCAAGAUCGAGAAAAAAUUGUCGAAGGAACGAACGCCGGAACCACCUGCGUCUGUUGCGUGGAAAUAUGCCCAAGCCUACUUCGAAAGGGCACCCGAUGCCGUCUUUGGAGUGGUUGACAAGAGCUGGUUUAAUGCUCGGCUUCAGAACCAACUCAACAACCCCGGUAUUGACGAGGAUCCGGCCUGGUACGCUCUGCGCAAUGCCGUCUAUGCCGUUGGAUGCCGUCUUGAGCUGUCAAGGCGAGCCAAUUUCCGUGAGGCUUAUCGAACUGCGUGGUCCUACUUCGAAAAUGCUCUGGCGGUACACACGGAACUACUCUACUUCCGCACUUCCCUUCUCGCUGUGCAAGCUCUUACUGUCAUGGCGUACUAUACAGAAUGUAUUGGAAGUCCUUGUCUGGAAUAUAUGCUCGUCACCAAUGCGGCUCGGCUGGCAUACUCGAAAGGUCUUCACCGCCAGCCCGUUCCCUCUUGGGAUCUCAGCUCGUCGGAACAAUGUCAUAGAAAUUGGCUCUUCUGGGCAAUUUACUGUCUUGAAAAGAACUGUUGCUGUCGUGCAGGACGUCCUUCGGCUAUCAACGAUGACGAGAUUAGCUGUCAAAUUCCGACGGUCGCCCCUGCUGGGGCUCCUGCGAGUAUACAGUAUCCCACCAGUCUUGUCAAGCUGGCCCAGAUGACUUCUCGUGUUGCGAGAGUAUUCUCAAACGUCCAGAACUGGAAUAAAUCGCCCGAUGUCUUGGCUGAUACGGUGGAAAAAUUGCACGCGCAGCACGUCGAGACCGAAAAAUCUCUCCAGGAUUUAGUCAACCCAGAAAUCCCACUUGAGAACGCCAACCUACCGUUACAUAUGAGUCUUCAACAGGCGUGCUUCGUUCGGCUCACGUACUUUAACACUACUCUAGAUAUCCACACUGCUCUCACAAAUCCAUGGUCACACCUGAGACAGCAUCCAACAAUCCACGCCCAGGUUCAGAAGUCGACGGAGAUUGUGGCGCGAACGGUUCGCGCGACGAUGCUCACCACUCAAUCCAUCCGCAUCGACGCUAGUACUCCAGUUCUGCUGGCGUUCCAGACGCCGAUAUACGCAUUCAUCAACCUUUUCAUCCACAUCCUGCAGAACCCCGAUCUACCCACCGUUCCGACCGACCUCGCUCUGUUGGAAGUCGGGGCGGGGCACUUUGCUCGUCUCGAGUUCGCGACGGAGUCCGAAGUCCCGAUUGUCUUUGCAAAGGAGGUCGCCGCUCUGGCGCGACAGGCCGUCAAAAACCACAAGGCCUUUCCGCAGCCGUCCUUUGGUCAGCCCACCGAUUAUAACGAAUUUGGCGUUAUUCAGGAGAAAAACGUUGUACGGUCAGGCGAAGCGGAACGCGACACGAUAGGAAGCCCAUUGGACAGCAGCUAUUCAAAUAUGUUCGAUUUCGAGCUGGAUCACUGGACAACCUUCCUGCCGCUCCACGACCCUUGA